AUGAAUCAGGAACGACAAGGAGAAUUGGGGUUAGGUAUUCCGGGAAACUUUGAUGAUGAUAAUCAAGACAAUGUGAAUAACCCGAAUAACGUGAAUAACCCAAGGAACCCGAAUAACCAAGCAGAACCGCAUGUUGUUCCCGCAAGACCAGUUCGUGAUGUGGCAGUCCCACUUACAGCCAACCUGGCAUCCAGUAUUAGGAAACCUCCACCAGGGGGUAGAUUUGAACUAAAGCAGAACAUGGUGCAUAUCCUCCAUACUAAUGGGCAAUUCACUGGUCUCCCCCAUGAGGAUCCUCAAGUCCAUCUUAGGACUUUCAUAGACAUUACCAAUACAUACAUCCCAAUUGGAGUCUCAUCAGACUAUGUAAAGUUGACUUUGUUCCCAUACUCAUUGCUAGGAGCUGCAAGGCGUUCGUUAGACUCUGAGCCACCAAACUCCAUCACUACUUGGGAUGAUUUAGCAAAGAAGUUCUUGAGUCAACUUUUUCCAUCCAAGAAAACCGCCAAGCUGAGGGGUUUAGACUAUAAUGCUCGUUCUUUUCUUAAUAGCACAGCAGGUGGACAGGCCCUAGCCAUAACAAGUGAAGAAUUUUUCGCCUUACUCGAUAAACUCUCUGAAGGGAACCAAGGGUAUGAGGGUGAAAUGUCUAGAAAUUCAACCCAAAAGGUUGCAGGGAUCUUAGAUGUAGACCAAGCUACUGCCAUAAAUGCCAAAUUAGAUGCAAUGCAACAUAACAUUACAUUGAAAUUUAAACAAAUAACUCUAAAUCAGGCUCCGGUAAAUGUAGUACAACAGGCAUCAAAUUGGUGUGAAGUAUGUGGUAGUGGAACUCACGAAACCGAGCAAUGUGAGGCAAACCCGGAUUCCGUAAACUAUGUGGGUAAUGCGCAGAGGGGUGUAGGGCAACAAAACUAUGGUAAUACUUACAAUCCCAGUUGGAAGAACCAUCCUAACUUCUCGUGGGGUGGUAAUCAAAACCAAAAUCAGACGCAAGGGGUUAACCAAUACCAUUCUCAAGGGGCUGGGCAACAGUACUACAAUCCUAACCAAAGCUCAAAUACUAGUGCACAAAAAGGGGGGAUGACUAAUGAAGAGCUACUCCAAAAGCUCAUGACUGAAAUAGGGACAAAAUUAAAUGCUAGAAUAGAUAAGCAGGAUGAGAACAUUAGAAACAUCCAGAUGUCCCAAAUGAGUUUAGAGAAACAAGUUGCGCAAGUGGCCAAUUCUCUGAACUUACGUCCCCAAGGUGGGCUACCCGAUGAUACUGAGCCCAAUCCAAAGCAAUUGCAUGCGGUAAGUACUAGAGGUGGGCUGCACUUAGAAGAACUAGCUCCAAAGAAGAGAGACAUUGAGGAAAGUAACAAACCAAAGAAGAUGGAAGAGGUAGUAAAAAGCUCCAAUGUUGAGGUAUCUGUUCCUCAAAAGAAAUUACCACCUCCAUUUCCACAAUGGCUCAAAAAGCAGAAUGAGGAUGAAUGCUUCGGUAAGUUUCUCUCUCUCCUUAAACAAGUUCACAUUAAUCUACCUUUGGUUGAUAUUUUGCAGGGUAUAUCGAAGUAUGCUAAAUACGUGAAGGACAUUGUGUCUAGCAAGAGGAGGCUCACGGAAUAUGAAACCGUAGCACUUACUGAGGAGUGCAACUCAAGGAUUCAAAACAGACUGCCCAAAAAGUGA